AUGGUCCUCCCUACGAGCUGCGACGUCCUGGUCGUAGGCAGUGGCAACGCUGGGUUUAGUGCUGCCCUCUCAGCCGCACAAACGAAUUCCAAAGCCAAUGUGAUUGUAAUCGAUAAAUGCCCCUCAAACUGGGUCGGAGGAAAUACUUACUUCACGGCCGGGGCUUUUCGCACUGCCCACAGUGGGCUCUCCGACCUCCUACCCAUUGUCAACAAUACAACCGCGGAGAAAGCAUCGAGGAUUGACAUUCCAAUCUACUCCGAGCAGAGUUUUACCAACGACCUGCUCCGCAUGACAGGUGGUCGCACUGAUCCUGCCUUAUCAAAGAUCUUGGUCCAGGAUUCUCGCUCUGCCAUCGGCUGGCUCGCUCAAAAUGGUAUCCGCUUCCAGCUAUCAUUUAACCGACAGGCUUACGAGGUAGAUGGCCGAAUCAAAUUCUGGGGUGGUCUUGCGCUGAAGACGCAAGAUGGUGGCAAAGGUCUCGUGGAAGACCACCUUGCCGCUGCAAAGAAGCAUGGCAUUCGUGUGUUUUUUGAUACGCCCGCUACGAAGCUCAUAACGGACCCUCUCACUGGGGCGGUGAUCGGAGUUGAAGUACUUCCUCGUUCGCCCUCUGGCGCCCCUCGAAAACAAGUUAUUCAUGCGGCGGCCGUCAUCCUGGCCGCUGGUGGCUUCGAAGCCAACGCCCAACUGCGAGCCCAGUACCUUGGCCCAGGGUGGGAUGCCGCACGGGUCCGUGGAACACCUUACAACACCGGGGACCUCCUCCUCAGUGCCCAGCGCGACGUUUCUGCCAAAGCCGUGGGGAACUGGUCCGGCUGCCACAGUGUCGCAUGGGAUGCCGAUUCCCCCGCGCAUGCCGGAGACCGAGAAGUCUCCAACGAGUUCACGAAAUCAGGAUAUCCCCUGGGUAUCAUGGUGAACCGGGACGGAGAACGGUUCGUCGAUGAAGGAUCCGACAUGCGAAAUUACACCUAUGCGAUGAUUGGACGGCGCAUCCUGGCACAACCCGGACAGUCCGCAUUUCAAGUUUGGGAUGCACGAACGACCCCGUGGCUACGGGCCGAGGAGUAUCGUCCUGAAGUGACGAAACACCUCACAGGAUCGACAGUAGAGGAACUAGCGGAUGCGUGCACUGAAGCCGGAUUGGUGAAUCGGCAGCGGUUUCUGGAGACCCUGGCCGAGUACAACGCUUGCACUCGGGAAGGAAGUCAAAAGUGGGAUCCCGCCGUCAAAGAUGGACUGGCUACUGUCGGAUUGAGCAUUUCCAAGUCGAACUGGGCCUUGCCAUUAGACAAGGCGCCUUUCUUAGCUGUGCGUGUGACAUCUGGCAUUACGUUUACUUUCGGAGGGCUUGCUGUCAAUCCGGAGACCGCGGCUGUGAUAUCAGAGACGACGGGCGGGGAGAUUCCCGGAUUGUAUUCUGUUGGAGAAAUGCUGGGUGGAAUUUUCCACGAUAACUAUCCUGGUGGAAGUGGGUUGACCUCUGGGACUGUCUUUGGACGACGGGCCGGGAGGGCAGCUGCAGGAAUCAUUGCCGUUAAGGGAGCAAAAGAGUCGAGACUCUGA